AUGAAUUUGUCGCCUCGUUGGAAGAAAAUUAUAGCUCCCACUCCGGAGAAACUUGCACCUAAUACUUACUAUGUUACUGAUGAUGGAAAAUUUUGCAAAAAAAAUUGGGUUCCUUUCAUGCAGAGUUCGGAGAAGAAGCUAUCAAUAAUUAAUAAAGUCUAUACAGAAGCAAUUUAUGAUGGAGUUGACAAACAUCGGAUUGUCGGAGGAUCAACUCUGCGUAAUAAGGCUAUAAGAGAAACAAAAGUAUUGUCGGAUAGUCCAGGACCCGGGACCUACGAUCCGAAACCUAUAAGGAAAAAGAUACCAAAAGUUUUAUCAAAAACCGCAUUUAAAGGUAGACGAUUGUACGUAUGUCCGGUACCGUAUGCAUUGGAGGAUUAUGGUCCUUCGAUUCCAACAAGAAUCGAUGAGAAUGGGUACGAUAUAAAUGAGAAUGAUAAGUUAGAGAAAAUACCAGCAAAUAAGCAUGAUACUACAAUGGGCCCAGCUUAUUACAAAGUAUCAACGGCUUGCACGACGACGGAAAUCUACAAAGGUUGUACAUUUUGGAAGAGCGGUAGCAGACGUGGAAUGAAAUAUGAAUCUGAUACUCCCUCUCCCGGAGAGUAUGAUGCCCGCAUCAAGAAAUUAUUCAACGUUAGAGAUGAGUACGUUCGAGAGAUGGCGCGAUUAUAUAGUUACGUACCACGGUUCGUCGAUGCUGAACAGAAGAAGCAGAUCCGCGCGGAUAUGCCUGGUCCGGCUGCUUAUACAAUGCCCGAGAAGAUUUCAAAGAAAUCUCUGAGCCUAAAUCCUGCACCGUUCUGUACACGCAAAGAGAGAUUUCAGAGUAAAUUCGAGGAAAACCCUGGCCCAGCUAAAUAUGAUAUAAGGGCGAACGUUAUUCGGAAUUCAUUUUCAUUGAGCGAUGCGCCGUUUUCCAUCAAUAGUAAUCGGUUUAUAACGAAAAAGGUAUUGCCUACGCCAGGUCCCGGAAACUAUUACCUCGAGAGUCCAAUUAUCGAAAAGCUAUUGAAGAAGAUGAAUCUUCAAGCUAAGAACAUCCCAUUUAAUCAUACCUUGGAAAGAGAGGUUGUGCAUCUCAACAAAGAUGUCUUGAGUUUCCCAACCGCAUCUGCAUAUACCGUGGAACCGUACGAGAUGGAAAAGUCGAACAUAGAUGCGGCCGUGUUCAAAUCGAAAACAACUAGAUUCGUGAAAAGCAAAGCAGCUAAAACUGCUGAACCGGCGAGCUACAGCGUCUCGGAGCCAUUCAACAAAAACCGCGACCGGAAGUCCCACAACACCGGAAAGGUGCCGUUCCAGAGUACCCAGCCCAGGCAAGGCAUCCCCAUGACUGGCGCUCGCCUCAAUCCCAGUCCUGCAAAUUAUAUGGGCCACGUGUCGGUCGACAGCAAGGGGUAUUAUUUCAAUGUGACGCCGAGGUUUGCCGAUGAGCCUGAGGAUACCCCGGGGCCGGCAAGUUACACGUUCCAUCCAUCUCUGGAUACAAGUACAUACAAGGCGAUUGGGACGCAUAAUCUGCGAUUAAAAGAGAAUGUGAUGCGAGCAAAGCUUCAACUUCCGCCAAGUAAAACCCGAGCCGCCUGGAUGAAGGAACGCAAAAAGAAAAAAUCCCUGAAAGCUUUCUACAAACCGCCUCCGCAAGCAAUCAAAUGGAUAACUUUUGAAUAAAAAAAAUGCUCGCGCGCAAUGCGAUGCUUCUUUUUUUCGCGUCCCCAAUAAUAU